AGCAGCCUAUGCGGGCGAACCGAGUCAGUCGAGCAUCUUCUAUCUAGCCAUCAAGUCAAACUCGAGGCCGAGACAACAACCUGUGCGACAACUCGGAGGAAGAAAACAAGAACGAUGCUUGGCACUCACCAUCUUCCUCCAAAUUAACCAAGUGAAGUUUUUCCUUUAAAAAGCGCACGAUUGGAAUCACGGGGAUUGUGCGCCUCUCAGCUGUUGCGUUGCGUCCAUCCCACACACAAACAGGAGCGUCGGGAUUUAAGAGGCUGCAGUCAAGAUGAUGUCCUACAUAAAACAACCUCAUUACACCAUGAACGGGUUAAAUUUGCCCGGCCCGGGGAUGGACGUGCUGCACACAACUGUCGCUUAUCCGUCCACGCCCAGGAAGCAGCGAAGGGAGAGGACCACCUUCACUAGAACGCAAUUGGACAUCCUGGAGGCCCUGUUCUCCAAAACCCGCUACCCAGACAUCUUCAUGAGGGAGGAAGUGGCGCUCAAAAUCAACCUGCCUGAGUCACGUGUGCAGGUGUGGUUCAAGAACCGACGGGCCAAGUGUCGUCAGCAGCAGCAGCAGAGCAGCGGGCAGUCCAAACCCCGCCCCCCUAAGAAGAAGGCCUCCCCGGUGCAGGAGGCCAGCGCCCCCGAUCCUGUUCCCAACCCGGGCUCCUUCAGCCCCUCGUCGGUCCAGUCGGGCCCCGGUCUGGUCCAGAGCUCGGGAAACACGGCCGUGUCCAUCUGGAGCCCGGCCAUCUCCCCCCUCCCUGACCCGCUGGCCUCCUCCACGGCCCCCUGCAUGCAGAGGCCCUCCCCUUACCCGAUGAGCUACGGCCAGCCGUCGGCCUACGCCCAAGGCUACGCUAGCACCACCUCCUACUUCACAGGCCUGGACUGCAGCGCCUACCUGUCCCCUAUGCACUCGCAGCUAUCUGGCACCGGGGGCGCUCUCAGCCCCAUCACCGUGCCCUCCAUGGGGGGCUCCCUAAGCCAGUCGCCUGCCUCGCUUUCUUCGCAGGGUUACAGCACCGCUUCCUCCCUGGGCUUCACCUCGGUGGACUGUCUGGACUACAAGGACCAGCAGGCCUGGAAACUGGGAUUCACUACAAUGGACUGCCUGGACCAUAAGGACCAAAACUCCUGGAAGUUCCAGGUGCUCUAGAAAGCGCGGCGUCCACUUUGUUAGUGUGAGGCAUGCUGCUGAUUUCUCUUUUGUACGUAUAAGUUUGAUUUUACGACCGGGCUAGCUGUGUAGGGAACAGGCACGUGCAUAGACAUUUUGGGGGCGCAAAAGAGGGGCGGGCACCCAUCAGCAAAAUUAUUUAUACGAUAUAAAUAAAUGGUGUAUAUAUUUAUUUAUGUGUCUAUUGUGUUAACACAAUUAAUACUGUCAAUUUUGAAACUGUUAAUAGAGAAUGUUGAGGAAAUGGAUCGAAAAAGUCUACAAACCCCUUCAAAUGUCGUCAUAUACCAAAAAUGACAAGAUAAAUCUUUGCAUAACUAUUUCCACCAAUUUAACAUAUUAUGACAACUACAAAAAAUCUUGUGUGGGCGACAAUUUUCACAAGAACUCCAAAAAAUGUCAAAACACUAAGAAGGCAACAUAAUGUGAAAUAUUUGCUUUUGAAAAUAUGAACGAAUGAAGGGGGAAUGGGUGUCAGCAGAAGGGGCACUUCUUAAAGGGCUUAAAGGGUUGGUGCCGGAGCCUCAUCUUCUGUCGGGGUCAAUCUGUGCACGUGCCUGGUAGAGAAGCUUUUUAUUUGAAGACAAGACAGCAGAGGCUACCAAGCUAAAAACAUAUUUUUAACCACCAGAUCAAAAAGCCUUUAUCAAUUUCUAGGAGACCUGGUCAUGAAAACACAAUGAGAGUGAAUUUCUUUCUUUCUUUUUUUUUUCUCAAUGUCAUUUGUUCGCAACUAUAUAUUCUCGAGAGUUUGUGUACUGUUCUACAAUGUUUGCGUUUAGUGUCAUCGUCCGAAUCAGUUUGAUGAACGGCGAUUAGGAUCUUCUGUUUUUAGUUCGAUGUCAUAUUAAAGUGUAUACGUUAUUGUGCACUGAAAAUCGCUCGUCAGGAGUCUGCACGCUUUGAGACGCUUUGUUCCAGUUAGCUAGAGGUCAGUAUGAACACACCGUGUUCUGGUCUGGUCCAAAGCGUCAUGUUCGUCAUUUCCUUGCUCCGUCCGUCUCGGUUAUUUUGGUUGAUCUGAUUCUGGAAGUGUCCCAAUCCUCUUAGCUUCCCUUCAGCAAUGCCCUAAGUGAAUUAGUCAGGAUUAUUGCCUAUCCUAUGCUCCUCUCCUUCUUUUUCCAAACUCUCUUGCUUUUCCCCCUUCCCUCCAUCUGGUCUUUUGGUUUUUUUCAUUUGCUAUUCAUCUGUCCUUUGUUUUAAUCGCACGCCUUCGAUGACAGUUUAUUAUUUUACGAUCAUAAAACUCAAGUACUUUUUACAGCGGCUGAAACAUUUCCACUAAGGCCUAUCGCUAUGAAUCUCAGCGCUCCCCCUUCUUUCGCCCAUCGCCGCACUCCUCUCCUCUGACAAUUUGGUAAUCCCAACAUGACCUGAUUACAGCCACGCAAACAUCCGAUACAUACAACAACAUGUUUGUAUGUCGCAUUCAUCCAAUCCUUCCAACUCCAGACAUAUCAUGACGUUUAAAGCAUCACAUUUGCCAUGUUUGUACAUUUUGAGUUCUAUUACGCUUUAUUGUGUCGUUGCAUAGAGGAAUGAUCAAUUGAUUGUUGGUGCGGAAAAAAAAAGUACAUUAAUUGACGUGAAUGGGUCACUCCAAAGAGAUGUUGGAUGUAAUCUUCAUAUAAAUAAAACCUGAUUUUACUUUG